CGUGAUUUCACGGGAAUUCUUGUGUUUGAACACAUCCGCGCACGACAGAGACCGGAUUUCAUCGGCAGCAGGCGCCACCAUGAGUGCUGAUGUGGCGGAGGAGAGCACCCGUAUGGUGCCCAACCCACGCAUCCCUCCGUCCCCCCCACUGGAGCCGCUGCCGGCGCACAUCCCGCCGCUGGGCGGCUUCGCCUCGCUCAGCUCGCUUGACGGCGUCAAUGACGUGGAUCAGUUCAUCGAGCAGCUGCUGGACUGUAAACCGCUCACCGAGAACCAAAUCAAGUUCCUCUGCGAGCGGCUCUCUGAGAUACUGGUCAGUCAGGAAGUGCAUGGAUGGCUGAGCACACAAACCGAGGCGGUCGAUUGCAUGAUGACAUGACGGGUGGGGGUGAGUGGCUGUGACUGUGCGAUUGUGUGUGUGUGUGUGUGUGCUGUGUGGAUGUCAUGGCAUGUGGAUCAGGAGAAGGAGAGCAAUGUGCAGCCGGUGACGUGUCCCGUGACGGUUGCUGGCGACGUACACGGGCAGUUCUACGACGUCUUAGAACUCUUCAGAAUCAGUAACUAGGCACAAGCACCCACCCCACCCACGCAGGCACUGCACUCGUGAGAGAGAUGCACACACAGACACAAGUGUUGUGUGCUGUGCUGUGCUGCGUCUGUCAUGGUGCGGUGCAGGCGGUCGUCCGCCCGACACGAAUUUUCUGUUUUUGGGUGACUAUGUUGACCGAGGUUACUACUCGGUGGAGACCGUCAGCCUCAUCGCCGCACUCAAAGUCAGAUACAAAGAUAAAGGUGAGGCUGCCAACCACACACACACACACACACACACAACACACUCUCUCUCUCUCACACACACAUAGCGUGUGUGGUGUGUGUGUUUCUCUUGAUUGGCUGUUUGUUUGUUUGUUUGUUUGCUUCAGUGACGAUUCUUCGCGGCAACCACGAGAGUCGUCAGAUAACGCAGGUGUACGGCUUCUACGACGAGUGCAUGCGGAAAUACGGCUCCGCAAACGUGUGGAAGUACUUCACAGGUAAAUCGGUGCUAGCUAGAUCAGAUCAGACCAGGCAGGGGGUGUGGUGUGGUGUGGUGUGGUGAGGGGGCAUGGCAUGGCAUGGCAUGGAUGGUACGGGGGGUAGGUACCAUCACCAUCAAGGAGUGUGUUGAUUUGAUUCGUGUGUGUGUGUGUGUGUGUGUCGAUACUUCCUGAUACAAUAUUCCAACGCCCAGAUGCGUUUGAUUUCCUGCCGCUGACUGCGUUGGUUGGCGACAAGAUCUUCUGUGACCACGGGGGCCUGUCGCCUCAAGUGUCGGACCUCGACUCGAUACAACAAAUCGACAGGCAAGCUAAGCUGGACUGACUGCACCGGGGACAGCCAGCCAUGGGUUGACAAAGUGGUGCUGGGUGAUCUUUGGCAAAGGUGUGCCUUCCUUGUGUGUGGUGUGUUGGAUAUGUGUGAUAGGAUCCAGGAGGUGCCGCAUGAGGGCAUGAUGUGCGACCUGCUGUGGUCCGACCCUGACAACGAAGACACCAGGUCAGUCAGGUCACACACACACGGUGAAAGGCUGGCUGCCGAGAUACGCGAGAUACCCAUGCAUGGGCUGUCUGCAGGUGGCAGCCCUCUCCGAGGGGAGCGGGGUGGGUCUUUGGAAAGGCAAGCGAAGCAGGCAGGGCAGUGACACACGGACCACCCAUCGGAUGCAUCAUCGACUCGACGGAUCGAUCUGAAUGGUUUCUGUUGUUCUUCUGUCUGUCUGUGUGUGUUAAGGAGAUCAGCCAUGAGUUUCUGCACAAGAACGACUUGCUGUUCAUCGCCAGGGCGCACCAACUCAUCAUGGAGGGAUACAGCUGGUCAACCACACCACACCACACCGCACCCAAUCACACACACGGAUGGCCUGUCAUGCGCGUGGUUGUGUUGUGUUGUGUUGUGCAGGGCUCACGAGAAGAAGGUGGUUACCCUCUUCAGCGCACCAAACUACUGCUACAGAUGCGGCAACCAGGCACACACACACACACACACACAUCCACGUCACGGGUGAUGUCAGAUGUUAUGUUAUGUGUGGGGUACAUGUGAUAUAGGCUGCGAUAAUGGAGGUCGGGGAGGACGUGUGUGAGACUCCCAUCUUCCAGACAUUCGACUCCGCACCCAAACGGGGCGAACCUGAAGUCAGUAGGCUGACAGACACCCACCCACCCGGUUCCCCACUCCACACACCCCAGUGCACACUCCCUGUCAUGGUAUUGAUGUGCCCACAGGUGGUCCGGAAGAUGCCAGAGUACUUCCUAUAGCGUUUGUUUGCCAUUGCUAUUACGCGCGGGGGCGCGCGCGCGCGUGUGUGUGUGUGUGUGUGUGUGUGAGGCUUUCUCCCGUGCGUAUGUGUGUGGAUCGAACAUACGAAUGGAUGGACCGACACAUAUAGUGUUUAUCUCGUUGGUUGGUGUGAAAACGUCCC